UUUUUUUUUUUUUUCAGGUGAAAUCUGGAACCAUUUUUGAUAAUAUCCUUGUAACAGAUUCUGUGGAAUAUGCAGAACAAUUUGCAAAGGAAACGUUUGAGAAAACCAAGGAAGGUGAAAAGAAAAUGAAGGAUGAGCAGGAUGAAAAGGAACGCAAAGAGAGAGAGGAAGAAGAAAAGAAGAGGAAAGAAGAGGAGGACAAGAAGAAGGCAGAGGAAGAAGAUGAGGAAGAAGAGGAAGAGGAAGAGGAAGAAGAAGGCAAAGAAUCUGAGGAGGAAGCAAAAGAAGAAGAUGCAGCUGAGGAGGGUAAAGAAGGAGCAGAAAGUGAAGAAAGUGCAACAGAGGAUGAAGAGGAGGAAACAAAAACCAAGGACGAACUUUAAUUGAAUCUGAUGCAUCUAGGCAUUUUUAUUGACUUAAAAGAACUCUAUGAAGCACACUUAACUAAAUGGUGUGUGACUUGGUUUUAGGUGGUGUAUCAAAUUGCUUCGUGUGUUGAAGUUAGCAGAAAAAAUAGGCCUCUUCCAUUGUCUAUACUUUUAUAAUUUCUUUUUAAAGGAAAACAUGGAAAUACUGAAAUGCAACUUGGUAAUCUUCUUUUGCUCUUUGUAUGCAUCCAUCAAUUAUUAUCUUUUUCAAGCAUGGAAAGGCCCAUCCCCUGUGGUUACUCUUGCUUUAGUUACCAAACUAAUUUAAUUUCAUGUUUAAUAAUAAAAAAAAAGAUAAGAAACAACUUUGUAACAUAUUUUAUGGUUUGCUUUCCUCCCCUGUUAUGUUGUGGCAUUUGUGCUUCCUUGCAUGGAAAGCCCAGAUGAAAAGGGGAACUGAGAAUUUGUGCAAUGACUGGAGAAGUAAGAGCAUUAAGAGUGUAUGAUGAAUGGAAUAAACUAUUUAGAUGAUUA